AUGAGGCCUGCGGAGCUGCAGCACCCGCCCCAGGGCCCCCAUGAGGGGCCCCCGACUCCUCCUGAGCACGAGGGGGGGCCCCCCGGCAGCAGAGCUGCUGCUGCUGCUGCUGCUGCAGCAGAUCCUGCAACCUCUCCUGAGCAGCAAGAGCAGCAGCAGCAGCAACAGCAGCAGCAGCAGCAGCAGCAGCAGACAAAGGGCCCGUCUGCUGAUGGCGUCCCUGGAGCUCCGCAGGGGGCCUCAGGCGAUAAGUGGAAACUGAUGGAGGCCCCAGCAGCAGCAGCAGCAGAAGAAUCAGCAGCAGCAGCAGCAGCAGCAGCAGCAGCAGCAAAAGCAGCAGACAUGGGCCCCAGAGAAGAGACAGAUGACAGAGAAGCAGCAGCAAAAGAAGAUGCCAGUUGGGAAUCCAUGCACAAACGGGCCCCAGCAGCAGCAGCAGCAGAAGAAUCAGCAGCAGCAGCAGCAGCAGCAGCAGCAGCAGCAGCAAAAGCAGCAGACAUGUGCCCUAGAGAAGAGACAGACGACAGAGAGGCAGCAGCAAAAGAAGACGCCAGUUGGGAAUCUAUGCACAAACGGAUGCUGGCCCGCUGCUUGUCUCUUCGUGAGGCCUGGCAGGAGCAUUUCCCCCCUCGUCCAUCUGCUGCUGUCUUUCCACCCUCCAGCAGCAGCAGCAGCAGCAACAGCAGCAGCAGCAGCAGCAGCAGCAGCAGCAGCAGCGGUAUUGAGAUAGAUGCUGAGCCUGUCUUUGACCCUGAUGCUGUUCCUCCUCCCCCAGAUAUCCACGCAGUAUACCGCAUGCAUGAAGGGGUAUUCCAGGUGUACUUUGACCCUGCCCGCAACGAGGCCCCAUCAGCUGCUUAUUUUCCUCCUUUGCUGGGCCCCUCUAUUCCCUCUGUUAAGGACUUUCUUCUCAGCCUCAAACAGAUCAUGCAGGCGGUGCAGAACCCAGGUUAUUUAUUUAUAUUUGCUGCUGCUGCUGCUGCUGCUGCUGAUGCUGCUGUUGCUGCUGAUGCUGCUGGUGAUGCUGAUGCUGUUGCUGCUGCUGUAAUGCAGCAGCUGCUGCAACAGCAACAGCACCAGCAGCAGCAGCAACAGCACCAGCAGCAGCAGCAAUAUAUAUAA